AAUGGUUUUAAUUCAUUAUAAGAAAACAGAGUUGAAUCAAUUUUUAUAUGAAUGUAGUGCUAAUACUCCUACAGAUUAAGUUAUAAAAGAUCUUGUUGAAAGUAAUCAAAUUUAAUAAUUACAUUAGUAAAUAAUAUGAGGAUUAUUCUAGAUCGUUUGGCAUGUGCAAUGGAAGAUUUAGCUACACAUGGUAAAUUUAUAAUUAUAUAUAUAUAAUAGGACCAUUAAAACCUGAAGAUACUAGAGGAUUAUCUGAAUAAUCACUUAUUGAUGCAGCUAUAGAAACUAUGGCACCAGAAAAAAAACCAUGGGCAGUUACUCCUUAAUAAUUAUUACCUGGUUAAAGAAUUAAUCCUGAUAAAACAGCAUAUCGAACUGGAGUUAUCCAAACUGAAGAAUUAUCUAAAAUGGUUAUUGAUAAUUGUACUAAAGUUAAAUAAGCAAUUUCAAAAAAUUUAGUUGAUUUAAAAUAAUGUUUAACUCCUAAAAUUGUUUAAGAAUAAUUAGAUUUAUUAAGAGGAUGUAUGAUGAUAUGUUAUCCUGGAUAUCAUGGAUUACCACCUUGGGAACCAGCUAGAGAAAUCUUAGAAGGUUAAUAUGAUACUUAACCUACAUUCAAUGAACAAUAUGAUUUUUUAGAUGAAAAAUAAACAUCAUUAUGGUGGGCUGGUAAAGAAUUACUUAGAGGUAAAUUAUUAUCUGAUUUUAUUGGAAAAAAUGAUAAAACUAAAAUUGUAAAAUCUCUCAUUAUAUUUUCUAUUAGAUUGUUAGAUUAUAAAAAACUGGAGCUGGUGCACCUGUUAGAGAACCUGCUGUUGAUGCUGAAACAUAAAAAAAAAUGAUGGCAUUUUAUUAUAAAAAAUAAUAAGAAUAAAAAGUAUACAUUUUCUAUUAUAGUAUUUUAGGAUUUAGAAGCUGAUGCUGAAGAUUAAUAUCUAAAUUCUUAAUGGGCUAAUCCUAAAUAAUUGAAAUAGUAAUUAAUGGGGGCUAAUGAUAAAAUUUCAUGGAAACCUAAAUGA